CACCCAGUGCAGACAUGGGGUGGACCCCACAAUCAGAAAUAUCCAAUUCUCUUUUAUCUAUCAGAACUCAAGCCUCCCACUCCUCGCUGCUCCCAUCUCCAUCGCCGUCUUCUCCGCUACUGCUACUAACUCCGCCGAGGCCGUAUCUUUGAGGGAAUCAUGCCUAAGGUGAAGACGAACCGAGUAAAAUACCCCGAGGGUUGGGAGUUGAUUGAACCUACUCUACGUGAACUACAAGCACAGAUGAGAGAAGCUGAGAAUGAUCCACAUGAUGGUAAAAGAAAAUGUGAGGCCUUGUGGCCUAUCUUUAAAAUAGCCCAUCAGAAAAGUCGCUACAUUUUUGACCUUUAUCACAGGAGGAAGGAGAUUUCCAAGGAAUUGUAUGAGUUCUGCUUGGAUCAGGGUUAUGCAGAUCGUAACUUAAUUGCAAAGUGGAAAAAGCCUGGCUAUGAAAGGCUCUGCUGCUUAAGAUGCAUGCAACCUCGGGAUCAUAACUAUCAAACUACGUGUGUGUGCCGAGUGCCAAAGCAUCUGCGCGAGGAGAAAGUUAUAGAAUGCAUGCAUUGCGGUUGUGGGGGCUGUGCAAGUGGAGAUUGAGAAGUUCAGAUAGACGGCCCAAUUCAAGCUACAUGUAUCAGUGGGGAUAAAUGUAAAUCGAUGUGAAAGAGAUUUAGAGAUAUAGAUAUCCUCUUUUAGGGAGAAAUCUUGCCUCUAGUAUGUAGUAUGGUCUCUUUGUUGUGAGGGCUAAUGAAAACUUGCUUACUCUUACCUGAUUUAGAAUUAUCAGCUCUAAUUUCGAAACAACUAGGAAAUGUUUUAGAACUUUUGUACCAUAAAUGCUUUUGAAAUUUCCUUAAUCUAUGUCUAGCAAAAUUUAGAAUUGCUAUUUUCAUU